CUGGCGUUGCCAAUCGAGUGCGGAUGCGAGUAGCGGUUGGGUAAAGUGUUCAAAGUGUUUUGGAAUUAAAUUAUUUGUGUGUGGUGUUUUGGCGAGUGUCGUCCGGCGUUCGUUUCGUUGGCACUGUUGCCGCUAUUUGUGUGUGUAAAUGUAUAUAUUUGAGUAAAUAAUAUAAAAAUACAUAAGCAAGUGUUUGAAAUUGCCAUUCUGUGUGUAAAUAAGUGCGCGUAUGAAAUUAUUAAAACCCGAAAAAUAUUACUAAUAAGAAAAGAGGCAGCAAAGCAAAGCAAACAACGCACAAAAACAUUCUCUACUUGUGAAUUGCCAACAACAACAAGCGCACGUCUGCUGAGUCGUACGUAGGGAGAGCAACGGAACGGGAGACACAAUGGCAACUGCAAAUAUUGCAUCCACUCUGCGCUGCCGCUACCUAUGACAUUCGGUUUCGUACCUUUAUUGCCGCUGCAGUGACAAGCACGUGAGUGUGUGUGCAUGUUUAUGCUGCUCUACUUAAAAGAAAUCUUUUCUGGAACUCAAAUCAAACAACUCGCACACAUUGAUAUGCCGCCAAAUGUGCUCAUUUUGUGACAAAGAGUGUCAACAUUUAAAAACAACAAUAACUACAAAGAAGCUGAAGAAGCAAAAGUAUAGAUUAAUACAAAAACGGAAAAAAUAAAAAAAAUAAAAAAUAAGCAUAAAAGUAAGAAAUUGUGAUAAUUAAAAAAAAAACUAAAAGUGCGAAAAAAUGACGGUAACCUACACAGCGGAGGUGGCCACAUGUCGGGGUUUUGGCUGCUUUCUGAAAUUAUUGAGCAGAUGGCGCGGCAGUAUCUACAAGCUAGUUUGGCUGGAUCUCAUCGCAUUUCUCUUCCUUUACUACCUACUUAGUAUAGUGUAUCGUUUCUGUUUAGAUGAAUAUCAAAAGACAAUAUUCGAAGGCGUUGCAAAGUAUUGCUACAGUUACAGCGAUCUGAUACCGCUUUCAUUCGUGUUGGGUUUCUAUGUAUCAAUCGUGAUGACACGUUGGUGGAAUCAAUACACCAGCAUACCAUGGCCCGAUCCGAUUGCAGUCUUCGUUAGCUCCAACGUGCAUGGCCAGGACGAACGUGGACGUGUUAUGCGUCGUACCAUUAUGCGUUAUGUCUGUCUCUGCCUGACGAUGGUAUUGAUUAAUGUAUCGCCGCGCGUAAAGAAACGAUUUCCCGACUUAACACAUCUGGUGGAUGCCGGUCUUUUGAAUGAUAAUGAGAAAGCGAUCAUCGAGAGUAUGAAUAAGGGUUUCCCACGUCAUUCAAAGCAUUGGUUACCCAUUGUAUGGGCGGCCAGUAUUAUAACAAGAGCACGAAAGGAGGGACGCAUACGUGAUGAUUUUGCUGUGAAAACAAUUAUCGAUGAAUUGAAUAAGUUUCGCGGUCAAUGCGGUCUAUUGAUAUCGUACGAUACGAUCAGUGUGCCGCUCGUGUACACACAAGUGGUCACAUUGGCGGUAUACUCGUUCUUUCUCUGCUCGGUUAUGGGUCAACAGUGGACGGAGGAUAAGCAGGCAUUUCAAAAGAUCGAUAUAUAUUUUCCAGUUUUCACAACGUUGCAGUUCUUCUUCUAUAUGGGUUGGCUGAAAGUGGCCGAGUCGCUGAUCAAUCCGUUCGGUGAGGAUGACGAUGAUUUUGAGGUCAACUGGAUGGUGGAUCGUAAUCUGCAGGUCUCCUAUUUAAUUGUCGAUGAAAUGCAUCACGACCAUCCGGAACUCAUCAAGGAUCAAUAUUGGGAUGAAGUGUUCCCUAACGAAUUGCCCUACACGGUGGCAUCCGAACGUUUCCGCGAAGAGCAUCCCGAACCGUCAACGGCGAAAAUCGAGGUGUCGAACAAGGCCGCCAUGCCAACAACAUUGUCGAGCGUGCGCAUCGACGAAAUGGUUGGUAGCAGGGGGUCAACCAAGCGUUUGUCCUUACAUGAGCAAGCUCAAAAUUCAGACCAAACACAGACACCAAUGCAAGCAGUUAAUUAUAAAUUUCCCGAAAUGUCACAAGAAGAGGAGGCCGAUGAUGCCAGCGGUAUACACUUCACAGCCGGCAAUGGCAAGGUGCGACACGGCUCAUCUCCCAGCCUCGCCAGCCUAAGUGGCACUUUGUCCCGCGUCAACACAGUUGCAUCGGCGCUGAAACGUUUCCUCAGUCGUGAUGAGCGUCCCGGUUCUACGACACCCGUCGAUGAUGGCACACAGAAAAUGCGCUUCCCCGGCAGCGCCAGUUCGGCCAGUCUUACGGGCAAUUUAAUCAUGAAACCUCCCGGUAGUUUGCGCAUCACAGAUCAAGUUAUCGAAGAGGUGGAUGAACAGGCUACGAUCACUUCGCAUCGUGCCAACGAUCAGGUGCGUCCAAAUUUACACGAUAUAUUUCUGCCGGGCUUGGCGUCGGCAAGCAACGCUGCGCACUCCCAACCAAUGGAUAUACCGCCACGGCCCACUUCGUAUAUGCGCACGCAAUCGACUUACGAGCCAACGCUGUUUCCACCGGGCGGUGUAGAGGCUUUACUCAGCACAUCAGCACCCACGAAUGGCAGUCCACGCAUGGUGCAGACUGUGCCGAAUUCGCCUGCGGAUCCCUCCAGCACCAAAUCGCUCUUCGAUCGACAGGUCAAUACGGAGAAGGGCAGUCGAGAGCAGGUAGAACGUCCCCCAGAAGUGCCGCAGGUUUUCAGAUGGUAUUUGUCGACUGUCGAUGACAUGGACACGAAGUCAACCACGGAUGCGCCCGGCGUCGAGGACGAAGGCGACGAUUUCGACAAAUUGAAAGCAGCGCGCGAAAAGGAACGCAUGCAGCGACAACAACAAAAGCUGGCGCGCACUAUCAGCACAGCGCCCGGCAUAGAUGGUGGACCGACUGUGGUGCCCGUAGUGGCAGCAGCCAUAAUACCCACCACCGUCGUGCCAGCACCAGCGCCAGCCGUGGCAACUGCACCGGUGGCGACCACAGCAGCGGCAGCACCAGCCGCGCUGCCAGUGCGUUCACUCUCGACCAUCUCAUCGGGCGAAGAUCUCUCGACAAAUGACCCGGACGCCAGCGUGGAAGCGCCCACCACAUCAACGGCAAAAACUUCACCAGACAAUGAGGGCUGAACACCUCACACCUAAGUAUUUGUAAGUGGUACAGUGCUCGCUAAAUGUAUGCGAACAAAUGGUUUCCAUACAAAUAAUUGAUAAAAUGUGCUCAGCAUUUUUAUUUCGGCAUUAUUAUUACACUUAAGUUUAUGGUAUUCAUACACAAAUUUUCGAAUUUGCAAGAACUUAGCUUUUAAGUUGCCUCAAGACCCAAAAAACAAGUAAAAAUUCGCGUCAAGUAAUCGUUUAAGCAGCGUAAAUCGUCGGUAUUAUGCAGUGUUAGUCAACGUGUGUUCUGUCAUUAGCGUGUAGCGUAGCAUAGUUUUGUGCGCAAAGUGUCGGAAAUGUAUACGAAGAUUUACAUUAACUAUUUUUAUACGAACAAUUCGGGAGUGAGAAAUGUUAUUUAUGUAAGUAUAUAAAAAUAUCGCGUAAAAUGUUUGGAAAUAUAUGUAAUAUACACCGGUUCAAUUACAUAAUUCAUUUAGAAAUAUUUUCAAAUUCCAAAGGUUUGGUGCUUCUCUUUUAGUGGCAUUAGGCGCAAAUGCUCAGAAAAAUUGCUGAAUCAAACAGUAUGACAAAUAAUAUAUAUACAAUUAUAUACCAUAUAUGUAUGUAUUUAUAUACAUAUUUACAACUCUGCAAGGCUUUGCUGUUCGCAAAAUAAUAAAUAUUGAGCUAAACAUUCUAAGUGAUAUAUUCAAAAGACAUAAUUGAGAUAUUUUUCGAAGCGAUUAUAUGAUUUUUUACUUAGCAGCCUACAUAAAAGUAAUAAAAAUGAAAACUUAACAUAUAUCUAUGCCAGAAAAUCAAAAAUAUUUACAAUUAUAUACGUGUAAGUAAGCACCAUUGACGAUAUUAUAAAGCGUUAAAGUAUUUUCUACAGUUUUUUUGCAAUUUUGCAAAACGAAUCGGUUGUGUGAGCAUUUGUUUAAGCAAAAAAUAUUAAAAAUAUUAAUUGCCUAAUUUUAAUAUUUUAAUUAUGUGGAAAAAAGUUGUCUAACGUAUUAGUUUAAGUUAUUUGUGCUACAAACAAAUAAAGGAAGUAAUCUCUCUAGUAAAUAAAAGAGUUAAUACUUAAAAAAUUAUUUAAAUGUAUGUAUAUUGUUUAAGUUGGUUAACGAACUUACAACUGUAUUUUAUUUUAAAGAAAAAUUUAAUAUUAAACAAAAUUAUUUUGUAUAAAAUAGAGCUUAAAUCAAAUAAAUUUACUGGAAAAUAGA